AAAAGAGCAAAACAACAUUAGUCAUAGCUGAAAUUUCAUAAAGUGUGCACAAAGCGUAUAAUUAAACUCUCUCGCUGACAAUUACUCUUAUUUUUAUUGAAACAGUGAAAAUGUGUCAAGUUCGAACGGUUUCUGUUUUGGUUUUGAUCUUCGCGAUCACUCACACAGGGUUUACUCUACAAUGCUGGAAAUGCUAUUCCGAUUAUGACGUCACCUGUAGAGACCACUUCAAUAUCACUAGAAUCCAGGAGAAUAGGAGGCAUUUCGACAACUUCAACUACGGUAAUAAUAGACAGAUCCAACCAGUCAGGAACGAUUCUCAUUUGGAAGUUUGCGAUGAUACUUUGGCUGGCAACUACAACCAGAAAAGUGUGUGUCUCAAAAGAGUUUAUAAAGGAAGCUACGGAUUGCCAGUUGUCCAUCGGGAGUGCAGACUAGUUCCAAGAAAUCUCAAAGAAGGAUCGUGUCCUGAUGAUCUCGCUUACGAUACAAGCAGGACUGUCACUUAUUGCGGUACCUGCGAAUACGAUGGAUGUAAUGCGGCAACUAGCAUCACCCUCAACAAUAUUUUGUUCAGUUUGAUACCAUUCGGUACUUUACUUAUGUUCAGAAACUGAAAUACCUCUGUAGAAAACGCUAGCAGAAAACCUGUCUUUUGAUAUAGUUCAAAUCAGAAACCCAAAGACAAAUUUGGAGGGUUUUUAGUCUAUAAGUUUUUUUUAGUUUACUCCUUUCCUCAUAGGUUUCAAUAGUUCUGAUUGUUGUUCAUGAAAAAUUACCUAUAGUUCAUUUUCCCCUCUCACAGUUAACUAUUUGUUAUUAAGGAAACAUUAAGUGCUAAUGAACAAAAAAAUAUUCAGUUACGAUACAGUGAUAUGUGUGAAUUUAACAUUCUUGCUGUUUUCAACAACAUUUAUAGCUAAUUAAGGCAUCAAAUGUUCCUACAGAAGGAACAGGAGGUACUCAUAUCAGAAUUUAUCCCAUCGAGAAAUGAGUCAUUAAAGAUUUUUGUAGAACUCAGAAAUCGAACACAAAGAAAAUAACGUUUUUCGAUGCCUUUUGUUAUGCCAUUAUUAUUCAGAGUAGAUGUGUUGAAAUAUUUUAUGUAAGUACUUUAUAAUAUACCCAAGAAUAAAAUAUUUUUUGUUGA